CGCAACUUAAGAAUCAAGUAGGAAAUUAAAAAAAAUGUUAAUAUAAAAAAAAAUUAAAAAGAUAAUUGCGUUUGGAAAUUGCUUAACGAAGCUCCGGCUGUGUUAAAGUGAAUAUUUUCGAAUCGCUCAGAUCAGUGCGAAAGUGACAGUUGAAGAGAGAACGUCGUGAUGUGCGCAAAACGGUCAAAGAAGAAGACGGGAUUGAGUUAAAAACGUUGCGCCGGUUAAACGACUAAAAAGUGUUACGAAGAAGAAAAUAAACAAACAAAUAAUACAAAAACAAAUAGUGAAAAAAAAAUAAUAAUAAUUAAAAAAUAAACAAAAAUUCAUAAAAACAAAUAAGUAAAAAACUAAACAAAACAAAACCAAAUAAAAAACUGGUCUCCCCACAAACAAACAAACAAGAAAAAUCAAUUUAAUAAGUUCACAAAAAAAAUACUCAUAUACACAUAUACAAACAGACACAAGUACAUUUUAUAUAAACACAAAGAUGCUGUCAUCGAUAAAGUCAUCAAUAUACCCAUUGUUGUUGUUGUUGUUGUUAAUUACAUUAAGCGCUGAAUACACGCUACCGCAAACACUUGAAACUACAACAAUAGCAACGGAAAUUGAGACGCUGCUACCGGAGGCAGAAACAACAACAACAGUGAAAACUACAAUUAUAGUUAAGGGCAAUACAACAACAACUACGACACCAACUAAAGCAACAACAACAACAGCAGCAGCUUUGUUAAAAUCUACAACAACAGCAAAGUUGUUGUUGUUGCAGAAUAAUACACCAAGUCAGCAGAAAAUUGAAGAUUAUGGCAAAAGUGUAAAAAUAUUCUUUCCCACACCCAGCGAUUCGGAGGAGGAGAGUAAAUUCGAUGUUUAUGGCUGGAAGACCACACCGCUGCCAAAUGGCAAUAAAAUGAUAUUUGAUAAUAAGCCAACAACUACAAGUACUGAAGCAAGUGUAGUAAUUGAAACAACAACAACUCAUCUGGAAGCAAACAACGCAACAACCAAUGCAACAAUACUAUCCUUUGAUGAUCGUGUGGGUAUUUUAAAUUUAGCACCGCAUUGUCCGGACGGCUUUGUGAUUGUCAAUCAACGGUGUCAUAAAUCGGCUUGAUGUUAUGCGUUGGAAUGGCAUAAAUAAAUAUUUUAUUUACAUGGAAAAAAUA